AUGGAGACCCCAUCUUCUUCAUCGUCGUCCAAGUCCAGAAAGAAAGAUAACAGAAAGAGCGAAAAGUUCUCAUCGGGAGACUUCGCUUCUGAUUCCAUCAGUGACAACAAUUCAAACAACAAGAAGCCAUCUGUUUCAUCUGAAGAAAUGAAUGUCUCAGCAUCGAAGAUCUCCGUCAAAAGAAGAACCAGAAAAAAAAGAGAGCUUACAGAUGACACUCUAAGAGAAGAAGAAGGAGAAGAACCAGAAAGAACAAGAGGGCUUACUGAUGAGCCUGUGGGAAGAGAAGAAGAAGAAGCAGCAGAAAGAUCAAGAGGGCUUACUGAUGAGCUUGAGAAAGAACAAGAAGCGGAGAGACCAAGAGUGCUUACAGAUGAGACUGUGAGAGAGGAAGAAGAUGAAGCUGAAAGAACCAGAGAGCUUAAAGAUGAGACUGUUCAAGAACAAGAAUCAGAAAGAAUUAGAGAGCUUGCGGAUGCUGUGAGAGAGGAAGAAGAUGAAGCUGAAGGAACCAGACAGCUUACAGAUGAGACUAUUUUGAGAGAGGAAGAAGACGAAGCUGAAAGAACCAGAGAGCUGGUUAUUGCUGCUGAGGAAGAAGAAGAUUUCAAAAUGGAGAUCCCAUCAUCUUCAUCGUCGUCCAGGUCCAGAAAGAAACACAACAGAAAGAGCGAAAAGUUCUCAUCAGGAGACUUGGCUUCUGAUUCCAUCAGUGACAAUUCAAACAACAAGAAGCCAACUGUUUCAUCUGAAAACAAGAAUGUCUCACCAUCCAAGAGCUCUGUCAAAGAAGAAGAAGAAGAAGAACAAGAAAGAACAAGAGGGCUUACUGACGAGCCUGUGGAAAGAGGAGGAGAAGAAGAAGAAGCAGAAAGAUCAAGAGGGCUCACUGAUGAGCCUGAGAAAGAACAAGAAGCGGAAAGAACAAGAGAACUUACAGAUGAGACUGUGAGAGAGGAAGAAGAUGAAGCUGAAAGAACCAGAGAGCUUAAAGAUGAACCUGUGAAAGAACAAGAAUCAUCAGAAAGAACAAGAGAGCUUGCAGAUGAGACUACUGUGAGAGAGGAAGAAGACGAAGCUGAAAGAACCAAAGAGCUGGUUAUUGCUGCUGAGGAAGAAGGCAAGAAGAAGAAGAAGAAGAUGACGAUGACGACGGUGAGGGCUGAGUUUGCAUGGCUGCGUGAAAUUGUCAUAGAAGUAACAACGAUGCAGAUCCUUCUUCAGAUCCUUCUUUGGCUAUAUGAUGCGUUUCCUCGAGUUACCACGUUCUUAUGUUUUCUUGCUCUUUUAUGUCUUUUUGUCUGGCGAAGGGAUCAUUAG